AUGUGUCCCGGCCUCUCCCCCAACAUCCAACAGAUUGAUGAUGCCAGGAAAACAGCUGUCAUCGACAGAGAGCUCUCUCGGCUAGGUGUAGACAUUGCAUGCUUGCAGGAGACGAGGCUUCCAGACAGUGGCACCCUCAGAGAAAAGAGCUACACCUUCUUCUGGAAAGGUAAACCCCCUGAAGAACCCCGCCAGCAUGGUGUCGGCUUUGCCAUAAAGAACACACUGAUGACCUCCAUCGAGCCCCCUUCAGCAGGCACAGAGAGAAUUCUGACCCUUCGUCUGUCCACGUCUUGUGGCUCAGCAAACAUCAUCAGUGUGUACGCGCCCACGCUGUACUCUACCCCUGAGGAUAAGGACCAGUUCUAUGGUGCCCUGGAUGAUAUCAUAUCCCAAACCCCCAGCACUGACAUGCUUUACCUCCUUGGCGACUUCAACGCCAGAGUGGGAGCUGACCACGAGGCUUGGCUCUCCUGUAUCGGUGCCUAUGGACGCGGGAAGAUAAAUGAAAAUGGCCAGUGUCUGCUAGAGCUGUGCUGCUACCACGGCCUAUGCGUCACCAACACCUUCUUCCCGUGCAAAGAAAUCCAUCAGGUCUCCUGGAGACAUCCUCGUUCACGCCACUGGCACCAGCUCGACUUGGUAUUGACCAGACGCAAGGACCUUGCCAGCGUCCUCCUCACCCGUACCUACCACAGUGCUGACUGCGACACUGACCAUUCCCUCGUCGCCAGUAAGGUGCGCAUUGCCCCGAGGAAGAUACACCACAGCAAGAAGAGCGGACGGCCACGCGUCAACACCUGCAAUGCCAGAAACCCCCUUAAGAUGCAGGGCUUCCUGAACCUUCUCAACGUGAACCUAGCAAGGGAGAUGUCUGAAGACGACACCACAGACCUCAUCUGGUCCCACCUGCGGGACUCGAUCUACAGUGCAGCCAUCUCCGCUUACGGAAAGAAGGAACACAAUCACGCUGACUGGUUUGAGGCUCACUGGGACAGGAUGGAGCCUGUGGUUGAGGCUAAGAGGAAGACCCUUCUGGCCUACAAGAACGCUCCAAACCCCACCACGCUUACUGCACUCAGGGUUGCCAGGAAAACAUCCCAGCAGACAGCUCGUCACUGCGCAAACACCUACUGGUUAAAUCUCUGCAGUAGAAUACAGCUUGCUGCAGACGUAGGAGAUGCAAGAGGGAUGUACGAGGGCAUCAAGAAGGCGACAGGUCCAGCGCCCAGUAAGUCCGCCCCCCUCAAGACCAAGACAGGCGACGUGAUCACCAACCAAGGCAAGCAGCUAGAACGAUGCGUUGAGCACUACCUGGAGCUGUACGCCACGCAAAAUGUUGUCACUGAUGCUGCCCUUGCCGACACCCCUGACCUACCUGUAACGGAGGAACUUGAGAGAACUGCCCACAAAGGAGGAGCUCAGUAA